ACGGGACCGUGCGAAUGCGAUUGUGGACGAACAAAAUCAUCGCGAACGGCGCUCGGUGCCGGCAGUCACUCGAUAGCUUCUCCUAUCGUCGUCGGAUAUGGUCAGACGAAUGGCAUCAGCGUGCGCGACCGGGGAGAGAUAGUUGGUUUUCUUGAUUAGUGAUUAUACGUUCCCGUCCGCGUGAGUCGACGGGUCGUGCCAGUACGUGUCUUGGCAGUGUUCUUGGUCUCUCCGAGCAUACCUGAUUGUGUUGCGCGUGGUGAAAGUGGAGCUGGAUGGAAGCAGCUUUGUUCCAGUUUAGAAGCGUAACCCAGUAGAAAGAAUACGGCCAUUUGUAUCUGUACCAUUGAUGAUACCGUUUCUCGAACAAGCUGCUAGUGUGGCCGAUUGAUGUAUCGAAGGUGGAUCGAUUCGAUGAAGUGCAUCCAUUGAUGAGCAAGCAUCGGUGAUCACGCGGUGUUCGGCACCCGCGAGUAUCAGAUUCGGCACUGUGGUAUUUCUGUAUACGGGUUUUGUUUCAUUUGCUUUGAACCGGUGCCAAAAAGACAGUGCUGUACCGUGUUCGUUGUCAUUGUAGUGCAAGCCUGUCGACGUCAUGCUCGGAUGGUAGCGACUAAAAGUGAAAGGAAAAAGGGAGAACUCUGUUUGCGCCUAGAUUGGGCUCGUGCGGGUGCCUUCGCUAAGACUUUGGAGUCCUGGUCACAGGACAUGCAAAGUAAUAAGCUAGUGAUGAUCGUUGAUUGUGUGUAAGCAUUGUAAAGCAAAAUCAAAGUAAAGUGCAUAUAGGAUAUGCAAGGACAUUUACAUUCGUCCUUGUGAUCGGUCAACAAGCGUUAGGCCUAACUGCGCUCGUUCGCGAUCAUUGAUUAGAAAACAGAACCGUGUGAUUUGUAUUGCUGGAUGCGGUAAACCUUAAACGCACAUCAAAAUGCUGGGAAUUCUGGAAGUGUUGCUGUUCCUUUGCAUCAUAGGAUACUUUUUCAACAAAGAACGAGCAAUCGAUAUGGUCGAUAUCAUAUCGAACCGCGUUCAGGAGGCAUACGGCUCCUUCCGGUUACCGAGCAUGUUUGCACCGGGAACGGACACCCAACAAAAUGGAGGAUUUUCGACCUAUUCGAUGCUUAAGCGUUUCGGCGAGGCUGGAAGACGGCAGCGUGAGUUAAAUGCUGACAUUGACCGUCAGGUGCGACAGCAAAGUCUCUUCCACAUAAAGGAAAUGCCGAUAACGCACGUGCAACCGGAAUUGAAACCAAUUCCUGGCAUGGCAUGUCCACACUGCUCGCCGACAGAAAGCCGUCCUCAGCUCGACGCGGACGAUCGGCGACGCCAUGCGAUAGACAUUCUGCGCGUAACAACCCACGCUGGAGAGCAGUACGCUCGUGUCAACAAUCCCGGAUCCUUCGACUGGGGUGUUUGGUGUCCGCAUCUAGCUCAGGCCACGCGCGUGCGCCGUUUCUCGUACCCGCAGGUAGCCGGUGCCGUGUUGCCCGAUGAGCGUGUGCAGGAGGCCCUGGAUAUGGCCGCAAAAGAAUCCAUCAACGAUAAACGUGCCGAGCUAGGAGUUGCGGAGAAUGAUGAAAGCUUUGACGAAGAUAGCUACUACAGUGCGAUGCUACGGAAUCAUGAACGAAGAGCAGGAAAGAUCUUGAUCGGUAUGCGUUCAAAGAUUUCGAACCUUGUGUUGCGCAUUACCUCCUGGGUGCUGUAUAAGUUGCUGCCCUGCUUCAUGUCCGGUGUGGCCGCCCAUCCGGCGCAGGUGGAAAUGAUAAAACGUGCGAUCGAAAAACACCCAGACGUUCCGUUGAUCUUUCUGCCGCUUCAUCGCAGUCAUUUGGACUACAUUAUGGUUAGCUUCAUUCUGUUGAACAACGAUAUCAAGUGUCCGCUGGUAGCCGGUGGGGACAAUCUUCGCAUUCCCGUGUUUGGUAGCAUUCUGCGUUAUGAUGGAGCGUUCUUCAUUAAGCGCAAGAUCGACCCGCUUACCGGUAAAAAGGAUCACGUGUACCGAGCAAUUUUGCACACCUAUCUGCAGAAGUGUUUGACGGCCGGGCAUAAUGUCGAAUUCUUUAUCGAAGGUGGUCGUACCCGUACGGGUAAACCCUGCAUGCCGAAGAGUGGCAUUCUUUCAGUGAUUGUGGACGCAUUCAAUGACAAAAGUAUCUCGGACGCAUUGAUCGUACCGGUGUCAAUCAACUACGAAAAGCUGGUCGACGGUAACUUUGUGCGAGAGCAGCUGGGACAGAAGAAAAUUCCGGAAAGCUUUGCUUCGGCGGCAUCGGCAAUCAUGAAGGUGCUGAAGGCCCGAUACGGACUGAUGAGGAUUGAUUUCAAUGAACCGUUCUCGCUAAGCGAGUUGGUCAAGUCGUUGCGUAAAUCCGACACCGCGCACAAUUACACCCCAGAGAUGCGACGGCUACAACACAAACCAUCUUCAUCCUCGUUGUUCGGUACGGACGUAGUGCAGGAAGAACAGGACCAACGGCAACUGAUCGACAACAUUGCACGCCACGUGGUGUACGACAGUGCCCGUGCCACAUCUGUCAUGACGACAAAUGCUUUAGCGUUCCUACUGCUGAACCGUUUCCGUGACGGAGCGCCACUUUCGAUUCUGGUGGAGGCACUCGAUGAACUGCGUGCCGUGCUGAAUGGAGUCCGUGAUCUUGGGUUCACGGGUUCUUCCGACGACGUCAUACGCUACGCAGCCGAUCUCUUAGGCCCCGGUCUAGUGUCCAAAGAAAUGCGCAAUGGGCAAUUGUUCAUCAAACCGGUAGUUAUGAUUCCGAACGUGAUCGAGCUUUCCUACUAUUCGAACUGUCUCAUACCUCACUUUGCGCUCGAAUCGAUCGUGGUUACGUGUGCAACGUUACUGAAGCGUGAAACGGAGCGCAAAGCAAACACCGAUCGGCACGAUCACGUGGAAGAGGUGACGGUCGGACGAAGGGCGUUGCUAGAAAUGUGUAUGGAGUUUGCCGAGCUCCUGAUGUAUGAGUUCAUCCUAUGCAAACCGUGCCAGAAGCUAGAAACGGUGAUUGAAAACACACUGCAGGAACUCUGCCUGCGGGAGAUCCUGUUGCAGCCGGAACGGGAGUUUACCGAGGAACAGAUGAUGGCGCGCAAACUGGCACGAAAUUUGGAGUGCGACGGAUUGGAUGUGGACGAUGAAGAGUUGGACGAUUAUUUCGAUGAUCAGCACAAUUCCACCACGCACGGGCGAUUUGGAAUGGAUGAGGACGAUACGCGGAUACACUUCCCAGCAGAAAAGCACUGCGAUCGGCUUGUGCUACAGUCGGUACUGGCACCGUUUACGAACACAUACUCGGCAGUGGCGUCCUCGUUGCAUCAGCUGCUGGACGGUAAUUCUAUAGUGGAAUCCGAAUUUAUUCGCCUGUGCAUCAAAGAGAUUAGUACCCGCGUAGAGCUAGGAGACUGCAAAUAUGGUGAAAGCAUAUCCACCGACACUGUACGAAACUGCCUAAAAGUUUUCCAGAAACGGUCGUACAUCGAGAUUACAAACAACAAUGGUGUGCGGUUGGUUUCCCUACAAGCCCCCUACGAUACGAUGGCGGAACUGCAGAACAUAGUACAAGAGGUGCACAUUUUUGUACCGGUUUAGCACCGCGGCAGGAUCUUGAUCGUUCCAAUACACCUAUCCAGACGAUACCAAAAGCAAACAAACGUUUAACCAAAAGCAAACGUUUGUUUGAAGCACAUACGAUGUAAUUGUGUGUGGCUAAGAAGACAAAACAAGCAAGGAGGGGCAAAACGAUGCGAAAGGUUUGUGAUGUGACUUUGUGAAACCUCAAAAGACUGUUUGUUUACUCCUCCGCAAUUUACGCUGAAAGCACAAAGAAUGAAAUUUACAGUCCAAAAUGUAAACUGCUGGGCAGCGGAUGCGAUGCAAUCGGUCUGCCUGUCGUGUAUAAUGUUAGAAUGAGAGGAACUUUGUUGUUGUUUUUUAGGAACCUAGGAACAUACGUUGUAAUUGCUCAAUCGGACCCGGCAUCACCGUAAUUUCCAGUGAAGGAUGAGCAGUGUCUUAUCCUUCGUACAAUUUGUAUUAGAUAAACGAACAACACAUUUGGUGAAUAGAACUCAUAUCAGGUUUGAAAGUAACAAAGUUUACAUGCAAAUCGUCGGCACGGCACAUACACAUUUAGUACGGCCGGAAAGGUAAUUUAGCAAGCUGAGCAAAACAUUAUUGCGGGUAUUUUGCGGUAAAAUUUAUUCAAAUUUUUGUAUAUGCCGGACAUGUAGAUAAUCAAGUGACUAGAAUCGAUUGGAAAUUUACUGAGUGAAAUACAUAAAAUGAUAAGACAAUGAA